AUGGAGGCCGAAUCACACAGCGUGACUAUCCCAGUGGCGACGUCGCCGCUUUUGGCGCAAGAGAUCUCUCCGCCACAGGCACACGGGAAGCCUCACGUCCACGAUCCCAGCAACUUGAGCCACAUUCUCGAGACCCGUCGCCGGCUCGUCGGCAGAGCGCUGCUCGUCGCAACGUGUGUGUCGCUGGCGAUCCUGCUCUGGACGUGCAUCCACGGUGAUUCCGUCGCCGAAUCCUCGGGCGACGCGUCGUCCGCCGGAACAAGCGGCGCGACUGGCGGAUCGUCGUUUAGCAGCUCUGCGGCUGCGCGGUUCCUGGUGCUUGGCGACUGGGGUCGCGAUGGAGAGUACAACCAGUCACUAGUGGCAACACAGAUGGCGCGAGUUGCGGCGGACAUGGCGCCGCAGUUCGUCAUCUCCACGGGCGACAACUUCUACGACUCGGGGAUAGCUGACGUGGCAGCGCAGCAAUUCACCACGUCGUUCACGAACGUGUACUCGCAGGCGUCGCUGCAGGUUCCCUGGUAUUCCGUGCUGGGCAACCAUGACUACUAUGGCAACGCGCUCGCGCAGCUGCACCCACACCUCUCGGCCCGCGACCCGCGUUGGGUGUGCCGCCGCAGUAUGGUGCUCUCUCUGCCGCUCUGCAGCAACGCGCAAGGUGUCUCCUGCACGGACCUGCUGGAUAUCUUUCUGUAUGACACCACUCCCCUCGUGCGCGAGUACCGCUCUGAACCGCACCGUUCGCUAGACUGGCGCGGGCUCAACGCUAACAACUGGACCAAGCAGGAGCGCGCUCAGCUCAAGGAACUGGAGGGCUGGCUGAGCAACUCCCAGGCCACGUGGAAGGUGGUGAUUGGCCACCAUCCGGUGUACAGCUUUGGCGACCAUGGCAACCAGCAGGAGCUCGUUGAGGCUGUGAAGCCGCUGCUGGAGAGGCACAAUGUGCAGCUGUACAUGAACGGCCAUGACCACAACCUGCAGCAUAUCCGCAGAGACGACAGCCCCGUGAAUUAUGUGACAAGUGGUGGCGGCAGCAAGGCAUGGAGGGAGGCGCCACCUGCAGCAGACGCAGCACCAGGGUUGCAAUACUUCUGGCCAGGCCAGGGAUUUGUCGCAGUGGAGGUGGAUGCGGGGGAGGUGCGACUGUCAUUUGUGGGGGUGGAUGGGAGUGUUAUGUAUGAGACGCGGUUGAGCAAGGAAGGCAGGUGA